AUGCUCUACUUUCCGCCCAACGCGGCCGCAAAGAUCAAUAAAGAGGAGCAGGUGAAGCGAAACACUGGCAUUGCCAUUGAAAUGGUGAAGCGCUACAAGGGAGAUGUGCCACCACAGUACGCCCGUAAGACCACCGCUACGAUAGAACAAGUUGAAAAGGAGAUUGAUGCGUUGCUGGGUGGAGCUCAAAAACUGCGGAAGAACACAACCGAGGACCAGCCGAUGGACAAGCUUACACUAAUGGAGCGUUGCCUCCGCCAUGCCCUUUGGUCGUAUCACAAAGAAGAAGGAAAGUAUGACUUUGAUCAGAUAGCCAAAUGGGUUGUUUACACGGCUGAGGACGAGGCGAAAAUGUCUCAACUGAAGCGUGAGGUGGAGGCAAAGCAGAAAAUGGCUGCACUCCGUAAGCAUCGGGCAGAAAAAGGGCUGCCAGAUGCUCCUGUUCCGAAGAUCGACUGGAACCAGGAGUAUGGCUCUGUCAUCGACCGUGAAUUGGUCACAGCAAAGCGCAUUCGGUACGAUACUCUGGCCGCCAAUACAAUGGAGCAUGAUGAUAAACAAGUUGAGGCUGUCCUUCAGCAAUACAAGAGGCCCGCGCAGGACCAGCGAUUGGACAACCUGGUGGAUCUUCUUGAGCGCUUCAAGCCAGUUUUGGCGCGUGAGGCGAUCAUGCAGCGUCUGACGAUCAAGCACCUUGAGGGCCAACUAGGCGUCUGGCGCUACAUGGACUGGUGUCCGGAGGUGCGUGACCGCGCUGAGUUGGAGGUGGAUAUCACCGGCUGGCAGUGGUGGUCUCCCUUGGAGGAGCGCCGUCUCCUUCCAGUGCGGCUGCGCUCGGUGAAUGAGGUGCGUGAGAUCAUGUCAAAAACUCAGGAAAAGAAGGCUGCUGAGGCUGUGGAGAAAAACCCGAAGGCUGUGCAAUCCAGCAGCGGUGACAGCGCGCGUGAGCGUCUUUUGAAGGAAGUCCUCGCCCUGCAGGCUCGCGUUAACCAGCGCCAGGAGGUUGAGGCCCCUAAGAGUGAUCAGAAGAAGAAGGCACAUCACUGA